AGACGGCCGACGGACAGACUUUCCUCUACCACCCCAUGGGCAUCGAGACUGGGGGUAUACAACAAGGAACUCCGACAGUUGUGAACAUAAAUGGCAACCUAGUGGUAGCAGCUCAAGCAGCUACUUCGAACGGAGUCACCCAGACAACAGUAACGUCUCCCACCACACAAGUCGUGAACCAAACUCUAACCACCGCUUCGCCUAACCAAUUGGCUAUGGCAAACGGAAACUUAGUCAUGAUGGUGCCUAGCUCGAGUGGUCAACAAUUCCCAAGAGUACAAAUUCCGGGAACGGAAUUCCUGGAAGAAGAACCCCUUUACGUAAACGCGAAGCAAUAUAGGCGAAUAUUGAAGAGGCGGCAAGCCAGAGCCAAGUUAGAAGCCGAAGGAAAAAUUCCGAAAGAGCGACCUAAAUAUCUCCAUGAAUCUCGACAUAGGCACGCGAUGAAUAGGAUAAGAGGUGAAGGAGGUCGAUUCCAUUCUGGGUCCGUCAAGAAAAGAAGGGAACAAGAGGCGCUGGCGAGGCAACAACAGCAGCAGCAGCAGCAACAUCAUCAGCAACAGCAAACGCAUCACGAAGUUCAAGGUACGAUAGGUGUUUCGUACGGCAAUAUAGAAAUGGGCACCCCUAUUAUCAUCGAGGGUGUAAUGCCAGAAAUGAUCAAACCGGACCCGCUCUAGAAGGAAACCAGUAGAAAAUUAUUAGAGUUUUUAUUUAUUUGAGUUGAAUGUUGAGUAAUUUUUCUGUAUAUAGCUUUACCGAAACUUUGUUUUCUCUGAUGGUUGGUUUAUGAACUGUUACAAACCUUUGGAAAUUAUUUUCUUUAGCCUUUAGAUAAGGAAUUGUUUUGAUUGUCCUUCUGUAAGCUGUUUUGAUUUUCAUUUGAGAAGUUUUAUCACAGAAAAUGGUGUGAUAGAACUUCUCCAUAAUGAGGUUUAGGAGUUUUGUGAAAAGUUGUUAUGAAAUUGUUACUUGAAAAAUUUAGUUCAGUUUGAAUGGUAUUUGUUAUAUUUUGAAAAAAUGAACGGUAACACAAGUCAAAAUUUUUAGUUCAUGAACCUACCUCUACUAUUUAUCGGGUCUUUUGGACGUCGUUUUGUGUUGAACAUGAUUUCGUGUUAGUAUAAGACCUUUUUUGUACAAUUGUUAAUACUUUUCUGACUGAUCGAUUUAUACUUAGUUGUAUUUAGAUUUAAAGAAAAACCAUAAAAAAACAUAAUCAUGUUGAAAUAAAUUUUUUAUAAACA